CAUUAGGAUAUUACCAAAAACGUGCGAACUGCGAAGGCUGCUGGAAACUUCUAGCAGAACGAGAACACCACUCAUUAUAACAAUUAAUACCAGUAAACCAACAAUUUAAAUACUUUUAAUCCACAGUACCUGACAAUAUGUCAGUUAUUGAGGAGGAGCGCGUCCGCGGCGGCGUUUUUAAGGACAUUAAUGCAGACGAUGAAGAUCAUCAACCUACAGUGAUUGAGAGUUUGUGCAUGAACUGUUAUAAAAAUGGAAGCACACGUCUUCUGUUUACUAAGAUCCCUUUCUUCAAAGAAAUCAUCAUCAGCUCCUUUACAUGUCCACACUGUAACUGGACCAACACAGAAAUCCAGUCUGCUGGCCGCAUACAAGAGCAGGGUGUCCUGUACACCUUACAAGUAAAGACCAAACAGGACAUGAAUCGAGAGGUUGUAAAGUCGGACAGUGCGUCCACCAGAAUUCCACAACUUGAUUUUGAAAUUCCUCCUUUCACACAGAAGGGCUCCUUGUCAACAAUUGAGGGCCUUCUGGACAGAGCAGUGGCGGGUUUAGAGCAAGACCAACCUAUUAGAAAGGGAACAGAUCCAGCUGUUGCUGAAAAGAUAGAUGAAUUCAUCCAGAGGCUGAAAAAUCUUAAAGAAGUUGAAGAGGAAUUCACGUUAAUUAUUGAUGAUCCAUCUGGGAAUAGUUUUAUUGAGAACCCGUUUGUGCCUCAGAAAGACACGGCUCUCUCCGUCACGUAUUACAAUAGGACAGCUGAACACAACGCUGCGCUAGGAAUAGAGGUAGAGGAAAAACAAGACGAAAAGACAGGCGAUGAUAUAGAUGCAAUGAGAAAUGAGGUAUUAGUGUUUAACACUAACUGCCCAGAAUGCAACGCCCCAGCCAAUACAAACAUGAAGCUUGUCCAAAUUCCACACUUUAAAGAGGUCAUUAUAAUGGCCACUAAUUGCGACAGCUGUGGACAUCGCACCAAUGAGGUGAAAUCAGGAGGAGCCACAGAAGAGCUGGGAACCAGAAUAACUCUCCACUUAACAGACCCUUCAGAUAUGUCCAGAGACCUGCUGAAGUCAGAGACAUGUAGCGUGUUGAUUCCCGAGCUGGAGUUUGAGUUGGGGAUGGCGGCUGUCGGAGGGAAGUUCACUACGCUGGAAGGACUUCUCAAGGACAUCAAAGAUCUGAUUGUUUCAAAAAACCCCUUCAUGUGUGGAGACAGCUUUACAGCGGAUAGAGCAGGGAAACUGGAGCUUUUUGGGCAAAAGAUUGACAAGAUAAUGGCGGGGGAAAUGGAUGUGCACGUUAUUCUGGACGAUCCGACAGGCAAUAGUUAUAUUCAGAAUGUUUAUGCCCCAGAUCCAGAUCCAGAAAUGAAGAUUGAAAAGUACACCAGGACCUUUGAGCAGAACGAAGACUUGGGGCUCAAUGACAUGAAAACCGAAGGGUACGCAGAGAAAUAGGCGUAAAGUCAGAGAAAAAUGGAGAUUAUAUGUUGUUAUAUUCCAAAUUCUGUCGAAAUCAUUAUAUAACAUUAUUUAAUUCACUUUUACAUUUAUUGUAAUAUAUCAUGUAAUUGCCACUUCUGAAAACCAUGUUGUCUUUAAAAGCAUCAUUAUGAUUUGAGAGGGGAAUUUUUUUUUUUUGGCUUGAAUAAAUGCAAGGUUCUUAAUUUCCUUGCUGCCUGUAAAAUAAUUUAAGUUAUGGUCAUCUUGGCUAUGAAGCACUUGUGUUAAUUAACAAUGCCACAACAAAAUUGUUACAAAGUUUUUGAAGUAAAUACAACUAGACACUUAAUAAAGUAGUCUUAAGCACACUACAGAUGUGAAUUCUGUGGACGCAUUUUCUUUUCCAUUAAAUAGGGCUGACUCAUUCAUAAAGGCUGUAACAUAACAAGGGUUAUGUUUGUACAAUAAAAGAGUUUCAAAUAUG